AAUUAGGAUCAUGGUGGCUUCGGCAUUUUCCUCUGAUUGAAUGCAAGCGGUAGCUGUGUUUUUGACAUUAUAAUUUUUUGUUAUACAGUGAUGUAUUAAAACGUUAAUAAAAUGUGCUCGCUUGCUAGCUAACUAACAACCAUAUUUCAGGCCAGCUAUGUUGACGAAUUUAUCAUUUGAACCUACGAAGUUAGCUAGCCAUAUACAAUAGCUAAUUAGCUAGCUAAUCACAGCUAGCCGCUGACACUGUAAACAGAUGUUCAAUUCAGCCUUAUUAUGUGCUCUACCUGCAGGCAAAGGAGCUGCACAUAUACCAGUAAUGGCAGAGCUGCACAUUAUCGGUCAGAUCGUCGGGGCUAGCGGCUUCCCUCAGAACAGUCUUUUCUGCAAGUGGGGAAUUCAUACAGGGGGUGCAUGGAGACUUCUCUCUGGCUUGAAGGAGGGGCAAACCCAAGUGGAUUUGCCUCAGACAGGGUACAUGGCAUACUGGAGUCAUCCCAUUGAUCUGCACUACACCACUAAAGGACUGCAAGGCUGGCCCAAGCUUCACCUGCAGGUUUGGCACCAGGAUGCAUUUGGGCGCUGUCAGCUAUAUGGUUAUGGAUAUUGCCAUGUGCCCUCCAGCCCAGGGCACCACCAUGUACGCUGUGUGACCUGGAGACCACUGGGAUCCUGGCAGGAGCAGAUAGCUCAAACCUUUGUGGGUGGAGGUCCCCAGCUGCGCUCCCCAAACAUCAUAUACAGUGGGGCGGACAGAUAUAGGCUGCACACGGUGGCUAUGGGCACUGUAGAGCUGGAGCUAGGCAUCAUCAUGCGACACUUUGACAGAUAUGGUGUAGAGAGCUGAAAUGUUGAGAGAUGGGACAGAGUGAAGGGUGAAUGGAGAGAGGCCUGAAUGGAGCACUGUAUUGUUAGUAGGUGGGGAAGGUGGGGAUUUUGACCAUAUCUGCAACGGGUACAUAAAGACUGAGCAGGUCAGAUUAGAUAUUUUGCCUUGUGAGAUGCAUUGAUGUGGCAUACUUGCAGCCUUUCAACACCAUCUGCCUUCCUGAUUGUCAAUAUUUUGAGAACAUUUUAUAUAACUGAGGUCAUGUUUAAAAAUGUUAACCAAUGCAAACCAGAUUUGAAACUGUACUUAAUUUCAAUUUUAUAUUUUUCUAUGAACUUCUUGUUUUUAUAUAGUAGAAUUAUGUAAAUAAAUCAUUA